UACUUAGCCCAAAUCCAAUUAUUUAGAAUUUUGUACCUUUAUAUCAGUUUAAAAAUUGAAAGCUGGCCAUUAAAUAAAAAAUGAAUUUUUGAACUUAUUGUUUCUAUAGAUAUCACCGUUGUCUGUAUUUAUCACUGAUACCUUUUGAUAUACAUAUUUCACACACAAUGUUUUUAAUAUUAAAAAUUAAAUAGUUGUAUUUUUGUCUUUGGUAUUGUAGUGAUUUGUGAACUUGUCUUUUAUAUACAAAUAAUAUGAGUAUUGUGCGCGAAUAUGAUAAUUUCUUGGAUUUAAGAAGACAAGAAACUUCAAAUUUUUUAUGGAUAUCAAAAAGAUGGGAUCCUAAAAUUGCAUUCAGACAAGGUCAGUCUAGACCUUCUCCUCAAUUUCAUAAAGAAGCUGUCUUGAAUAGCCCUAAAAUUCAAGAAUUAAUUGAACAGAUAAGCUCAAGAAGUAAUAUUUCAAAAUCUGUUCUGGAACAUCAAGUUCAAGAUAUUUUAGAUGAAAUAGGCUAUGAAAAAAAGUUUAAAAUUAUACGAUGGCUGGGUUUAAUGUUAACAAAAAUUUGUCUAACUGUGCUUUCAGGAAUUUACAUCAAUGUAGAACAAGUAGAACAGAUAAAAAAUCAAAUGGGACAUUGUCCAGUUAUUUUUGUACCUACCCAUAGGAGUUAUGGUGAUUUCAUAAUGAUGUCAUACAUAACUUUUCAAUAUGACAUUGAAAUACCUGCGAUUGCAGCUGGGAUGGAUUUUCAUGGUAUGUGGGGUAUGGGAACGUUGCUCAGAGACACUGGUGCUUUUUUUAUGAGGAGAACAUAUAAUGAUGACCAUUUAUACUGGACCACUUUUAGACAAUAUGUCUACCAAUUAGUCAGUAAAGGCGAUUUACCCAUAGAAUUUUUCAUAGAAGGAACAAGAAGUAGAAGCAAUAAGUCACUUUCGCCAAAAUAUGGUUUAUUAACCAUGGUUCUUAAAGCAUUUUUCUUUUCGCAAGUACCUGAUAUACAUUUUGUGCCAAUUGGUGUAAGUUACGAUAGGAUUUUAGAAGAAAACCUUUUUGCAUUUGAACUAUUAGGAGUUCCCAAACCUAAAGAAAGUACAUCUGGUUUCUUCAAGUCGAUGAAAAUUUUAAAAGAAAGCUUCGGUAAUAUUUAUGUUCACAUGGACAAACCGAUAUCUGUAAAACAAUUUUUCGGCAAUAAAGUGGACAGAAGCGUUCACAAUUUAGGAGCGCUACAUCAGCAGGAAGUCACCGAUGAGGAAAAGAAGCUUUUACCUUCAUUAGCAUAUGAAAUUUUAAAUCGCCAACAAAAGGUUUUAGUUACAACCGUAUUUAACCUAGUAUCUCUAAUACUGAACAACAAUCUAGUCUACGAAAAAGAUUUGUUGACUUUAGAAGAACUUACAAAAGAUGUCCAAUGGAUUAGAGAAACAGUGAGAUUUUUAGGGGGAUUUACACAUUCAACCAACAUAGAAAGAAGUAUCAACGAUUGCUUCAACACUCACAAAAAUCUAAUACGAAUAAAUAGAAAUAAAAAAAUUAAAAUUGUAAGCAAUAAAAUUAGUCACGGAGAGAUUAAUCACAAGAAGUUAAAGGGCCACUUGCUUAGCGAUGAAACUAUGACGUACUCAGUGCCAUUUGUGACUUUACAGAUUUAUGUCAACCCCGUUCUUCAUUACUUCGUCGAUAUAAAUAUUAUUCUAGUUAUUUUAAGUUCUAAAUCAAUGAAUGAAGACGAAUUGUUUGAAAACUAUCACUUCUUGAGGUCUCUGUUUGCAAGAGAAUUUAUUACUUUAGCACCUAAGGAUAAAACGGUAUUUAAUACGGCCCUAAAUAAUGCAAUAUCUUUAAAUCUUGUUAGUUUAACCAAUGGAAGUUACCAACUAGAAAACAACGAAAAACUAAGAUAUUUAAUUGUUAAUACUUUCAAUGCAUUUUAUGUAUCGUUUCUUACUACCUUAAUAGUGUUAGAGGGACUUCCAGAUGUAACUGAUGAAAAAUCAAUUUUGACGAAUGCUCAGAAACUAUUAGAAAAUUCAAUCGAAAAGAAAAAGGACAUUAUCCAUCCCUAUUCGUUAAAUUUAGAUACUUUGGGAAAUUGUUUAAACAGUUUGGUAGAUGAGAGAAUUAUCCAAAAAACUAGAAGGAAUAAUAAGACCCUAUAUGAAAUUUACAGAAGUAAACUAAUGGAAAUUAAAGAACAUUUUGUGAGAAUUAUUCCAAAAUAUUAUGUUGAAGAAAGUUGUCAAAUAACUUCAAACCGUCUACAAAAUAAGUUGUAAUACAUUUUUUUUGUAAAACUUAUUAAAGACUGGUUUAUUUA